CGUUUAACUGUUCCUGACGAGUGCCCAGUCGACGUGCAAGUAGGUCCAAGGGUUUCCUAAAGAGUGUGAAGAAGGCUAACAGUUAACCGUGAUAUUACUAAAAGCUGUGCACUUAGAAGCGGAGAGAUAUAGAAAACCGCAAGAAAAAACUGCGGAGCGAAGACGCUAAAUCGGUGUGAGGAGUUAUACAUAAAAGUUGACUUACGCUCAGGAACUUUUUCGCUGGUCACGCUUACAGACGCCGUCAAUCAUUUUUUCUAUCGUCACAGUUUUACGUCACAACUACGGCUUCUACGAGUCUGUCUUUUGAGGAAAGUAUAACUUGCCAAAAAAAGAAACGUUAACGCCGCAAGGAACGCUGGAAUCCAAUCUAAAAGUAAUCACAGUUGAAUUUUUGCCUGCGUUGUGACUUGUCGUUUUGUAAUAGUUUUGUAAUAGAAAAGGGAAAGCUGCCAGGAACUUUUUUCAGCUGGAUUUCUACUUGACUUUCGUCUUGGUGUAACGGGUGGAGAAACAGUUGAGAGAUCCGAGUCGAAGAAUUCAAAGCUAGAGAAGGCACGCCGCACACUUGGACAAUGACAAGUGCGAUGGAGUUUGACGAUGUUCUCCGACACCUCGGAGAAUUCGGUCGCUACCAGAGACGUGUCUACGCUCUGCUGUGCUUGCCGGCCAUCUUUGUAGCCUUACAGGUGAUGUCGGCGGUUUUCUUCCAUCAGACACCGGAACACAGGUGCAAGAUCCGCUCAUUAUCAAACGACACUUACGAAGUUCAGGGGGCGUGGCACGAGGCUCGCAUCCAGCAUCACAUCCCCGUGACGUCAGCGGGCACGUACUCGGACUGUAAAUACUACAAUUACAUAGUGACGCAUUAUGACGUGUACGAUGACGUCACAGACCACACCGUUCUGCGGUCUAACGUCACAUGCAACGAAUGGGUUUAUGAUAAAUCCAUCUUUGACGAAACGGUUCAGACUGAGUUUAACCUAGUCUGUGGAAGGGAGGGGAAAGAGACCGUAGCACAAGUGGCUUACCUAGGCGGAGAAUUGGCUGGAGGGUUUCUCUUCGGUCUACUGGCUGAUUACACUGGUCGUAAGUUCGCCAUAAUAACAGGCGUACUCCUCCAGGGCAGUUUCGGCUUGGCCUCGGCGCUGGCACCAGAUGUCGACUCCUUCACCUUCUUCCGGUUCGUUGUCGGGGCCGCUGACUCCGGAACCUUUGCUUCCUUGUUUGUUCUUGCGAUGGAGCUAGUUGGUCCGUCCAAACGAAUGCUAGUAGGGAUAGUGAUUGAGUAUUUCUUUGCUGCGGGAUACGUGUUGGUCACGGGACUAGCCUACACGUUACGUCACUGGCGCCAUCUCAUAGCAACCAUAUCUGCGCCGUCAUUUGUAUUCGUUAGUUACUGGUGGUUAAUACCCGAGUCUCCAAGAUGGCUUCUGGCGAGCGGGAAGGAAAGGCAGCGCAACGAGGCAGAGCGCAUUCUGAAACACGCGGCAAAAAUAAAUCGGGCCAAACUCCCAGAGGAUAUCUUUGAAAAUAUCAGCGUUUAUGAAGGUCAAACCGCCAGUCCUGUGAACAUUCUCCACUCACGUAGACUUUUCACGACGCUUUUUAUAGUUGCGUUGAAUUGGUUUGUCGUUUCUAUGGUCUAUUUUGGCCUGAGCCUGAACAGUGGGAAAAUUGGAGGAGAUGUCUUCGUGAACUUUCUGAUCAUAGGCCUGGUGGAAUUCCCGGCUUACAGCGUAUGUUUCGUCAUAGACCGGCUGGGGAGAAGACCGCUUCAUAUAGCAGGAAUGGUGGUGGGAGGCUUGGCGUUACUGUGCACUAUUUUCGUUGAAGUGUACGCUGAGAAAGGCACUGAAGCAUACAAGUGGUCUAUCGUCUGCCUCACCCUUAUCGCCAAAUUUGGUUCCACGGUCGCCUUCGCCAUCGUCUUCAUCUGGACAGCGGAGUUAUUCCCGACAGUGCUUCGGAACUUUGUUAUGGGGUUCUGCAACACGAUGGGCAGGGUGGGCGGCAUGACGGCUCCCGUGAUUGUUAAUGAGAUAGCCGCCGAUGUCGUGCUAGGGAAAAGCAUCCCCCUCGUUAUUUUUGGAGCUGCUUCCGUUGUGGCGGGGAUAAUGGCGCUGGCGUUACCAGAAACCGCUAACUGCCCGCUCCCGGAAACAAUAGAAGAAGCCGAAAAUUUAAGGAAAAAGUCCCCCGUGGCCCCACUGGAUACAACAACAGAGACACCACUCUGAUGGCAGCCUUGUAGGGCGAUGACAGAUAUAAGAUCAUAAAACUUUGAGAUGGUGGUAUUUUAUUUUCACUUUUCUGAUUUUGGGCAAAACAAUAUGGAAAAUUCAGCACGUGGAACGGAAAAGGGGCGUGAUCUGACGUAUUAAAAUGACAUAGGCUAUCAGGCGAAAGGAAUAAAAAAAGGCCUACUGGCUGUUUAGUAUACCAAUGCACCAGGAAAAAGCGCCCAUACACCAAAAGUUCACUUUUACAGAUCGCGGAGAAACAUGGGUGUUGUUGCGUCCAUUCUGUUGCCUUGUGUGCGCCGAAAACACUGAUGUCAAUGGGUGCCAUUAAGGACUCAAGUGGGAUGUAGAAAAAAAAAGAAAAAUAAAAGAAAAAGUCGUCUUGGAGACGUCUGUUUAUUUAAGGAUUUAUAUUAGUGAUUGGUUUAAUACGGGUGUAUUUUACAUGCCUAUAAGGCAUCUUGAUAUUGCCAUUGCUGUUAGUUAAGGACUUUGCUCAGACAAUCAUUUAUUCAUGAUUCUCGGUUACAAAUGAGGUAAGCGGCUUUGAAGAUUCUUGGAGAAGAGCAACGUAGUCGGGUAAGUAUUAGUAGACUACGAUUUCAUCUCCUAAACGGUGUUUAUUUGUGGAACGAGCUCCAGACCUAGGAGAGAUACAAAAAUUUACGUUCAUGGUAGUACUUGAUUGCCCUCUACCAGGGUGACAGAUUUUAUAGGCAAAUUUCAAAAAGCCAGAGAAUCAAAUGACUGUCUAUUUAUCUAAAGACAUAUCCGUGUAUUUCUUGUGAAAAACCAACCUGUCGACUUGGUUGGCAUACGGCAUGCAACAGGUACCUUGAGAAUAGAGUCUCAAUCCAACAUGA